UUAGUUUGGCGAUCUACCGGAAGUGGCUCCUCACUGAUGCUCUGUGUCUGUGUGUGGCCGGUUAGCGUUUAUUUAAUCCGGUUAUUUUACUGAUUCUCUUCAAACACAGUCACAAAAACACAACACAGCACAGCAUGAACCGGAUCUUCGGUCGGAGUAAGAACCAGCCGCCACCCAACCUCUCAGAGUGCAUCGGAAAUGUUGACGCGAGGGCGGAGUCCAUCGACAAGAAAAUCGCCAGGAUCGACUCUGAGCUCGUCAAGUAUAAAGACCAGAUGAAGAAGAUGAGGGACGGACCAGCAAAGAAUGCCGUGAAGCAGAAGGCGAUGAGGGUUCUCAAACAGAAAAGAAUGUACGAGGGCCAAAGAGAUCAGCUUGCCCAGCAGUCUUUUAACAUGGAACAGGCCAAUUACACCAUUCAGUCUCUAAAGGACACAAAAACAACAGUUGAGGCUAUGAAGAUCGGCGCAAAAGAAAUGAAAAAGGCCUAUAAGCAAGUGAAGAUGGAUCAGAUUGAAGACUUACAGGACCAGCUUGAGGACAUGAUGGAAGAAGCCAGUGAAGUUCAGGAAGCUCUGAGUCGGAGCUACGGCACUCCAGACAUCGAUGAAGACGAUCUAGAAGCAGAGUUGGAUGCGCUUGGAGAUGAGCUUUUGCUGGAUGAUGACAGUUCCUAUUUAGAUGAAGCUUCGGCUGCACCCGCCAUACCAGAGGGAAUGCCCAGUGACAGCAAAACCAAUAAGGACGGCGUGCUGGUGGACGAGUUUGGACUACCGCAGAUCCCAGCCACGUAGACGGGGUGCUUGCCGGAUCUUUCUCCUGACUGAAUUUCUUCUGCAUAUUUUUGUACAUUUGGCAUUCAGAUCCAUGUUUGCUCAAGAAGGCUUACCCAAUAUGUGGUAGUAAAGCUUGUGUUUGUGUUGGGUUUUGUGCCAUUCCAGCAUGUGGACUUGUAGCAUUAAGUUUCCUUUUUGUUUUAUUGGUUGACAACCAUCUAAGUAUUACCAAGUGUCAUGUUCUCAACAUUAAUACCUAAUUUAGUAGGUAAUAAUAAUAAUUAUAAUAAUAAUAAUAAUAAUAACAACAGUAAAUAUAGUCUAAAUCCAGUUUGAUUAUUCAUUUCAAGUUGACUGUUGACUGUAUGACUGUCUGUGAAUGGUCAGUACUCUGGAAAAAAAUGUUUGCACUAACUUAUUAUUUAAGUUUACAUAAUAAAUUAUACUUUUUUGGAAAACUGCAA